GUCAGUACCUGCGGCUUUUGGGAGCCAAGAAGCAGCACGAGGGCUUUCUCAUGCACAUCUUGCCGGUGACGGAGGGUGAGGUCGUCCAAGAGGAAGCUGAGGAUGAGAACCCAAUAGUCCAGGGGCAGGUGGUUCGGCCCGAGGGUUUCGGUGGGCCGCGAUUGUGCGGUCUCUGCGGUUCGAGCCGGCGACCCACGCAGCCCACGAUGAUGCGCGCCUGA